GAUCUAUAGCUACGAAAUUUUCAGAGAUGAUGCUAAUAGACCUAAAUUAUAGAUUUCUAUAAAAAAAUCGAAAAUUAUGUCGCUUACGUCCAUUUUGCAAAAAGGGCUCGAUAUAUAUAUAUAAAUCCUUAAGGAAAGUAGGGUAUUCUGUAAUAUAAACCCAUGAACUCAUUAUUAUUUUGCAAAAUAGUUUUUAAUAGAUUACAGCGUUGUCGCCAUUGGCGGUUAAUUAACAUUAAUUCAGGCAUAAAUGUAAAUUUUUCACAAUCUACGUAGUACUUUUUUAAUACCCGCCAGACACAGACCGUAUAAUAAACAGAUUAAAACUCUCUUCAUUUAUUGAAAGCACAUUUGACGACGAUAACAACAGAAAUCUAAAAAUACCAAUAAAGUUCGUAAAACUCGUUUCAAUUCCGACUUGUACGUACUUCGCUCAUAUUUACAUAAAAUGCUUUUAAAUUCGGUUUUAAUAAAUGUCAAAUUUGAAACUGGCAACAAAACUACUUGGCAACAUAAUUUAAAAAUAGCACGUGUUUGAAAUUUCACAUGGAUCUUAUGAAAUUAAUUCCACAUAAAAUGAAACAACAAAAAUAUAAAUAGAAAGAACUGUAUUAAAAAGAAUAUAAAAAACAUAAAUACAUAAAUAUUGAAGAGUAUAUAGUAAAGAGGGGCUCGUUCUGCUAAAAAAAAAUGAAAAAGAAAAGCAUAAAAUUAUGGUCUACAUAAAUAAAUAUGAUAGCGAAGAGACAAACAUCGAUAUUGUUUGCCAAACAACGGUAAAUGAAUAUUUCGAUCAAGUCAUUGGUCAUAUAGAAGAUAUUGUUCUAAGCGACACAUUUCAAAAUUUACACGAACAAUUCUUGGAAAGAAAUUGGUCUAAAUUCGAGUAUAAUGAAGAAAACAAAUUGGAAUAUAUGGAUGUAUUUGAGGAAUACACCACAACAUUUGAAACAUUCUUUAUGGAAGAGUUAAACAAAUGUAUGGAGGAUUUCGAUAUGGAAAAAUUUGCUCAGGAAUUAAACUCUUAUGACUCUACAACAAAUUCUUUGGGAUUUGUUGAUUCCGAAAUUUUCGAAUUAUUGUAUUCGUUUAGUAAUUUUCAAAUCUUUAAAGAUUUAAUGUUAGAUUAUCGUCGUAAGAAGGAGGGACGAGUACAACAUUUAGAUUUUAAUAUUCUCACAACAAAACCUAUAUUUCAAAGGGCUGAAUUGUUGGAAGGAACUGUUGAUAAGUAAUCUGCUAAUAAUGUGAAAUAAACGUGUUUUGUGUUUUCUAAAUUUUUUUUUUAAUUUAUGGAGAUUUUAAAAAUUUGCAUAAAUAUUAUAAUAAAAUUCAUACUCUAUACUAUAAGAUUUUACUU